CAAGUCCGAGAAUAAGGAUCCGAACUUCGCUCUUCCCCCAUACUAAGGACUUCAUAGAAGAUAACCACCCACCCAUGGCUGUGUUUGUUGGCGAAAGAACGAGCCGGAAUACCGAAGCGGAGACUGGGCCGAUCGGGGGAUGAAGCUCGGGGCGUAUUGCGAGCACGUAGCGGAGUUGGGAGUCGGACAGUCGUAUCGGAGAUUCGAGUUGUGCAUACACGCGCGUCGUUCGGGAGGAGUAGUGGCAGUUUUCUUUUGGUUUAAGGAGGGUGAUUGAAAUACAGCGGCCAGCUUAACCCCAGAACUUCCAGAUCAGAGAGGGCUGACUAAAUCCAGACGGCUGAUCACAACUGGUCCGAGCUUCAAGGGUUCAGUACGAUGAUUUUGGCUGUGCCUUGAUUUUAGAGCAAAAGGUGAGUUAAUCAGUGAAAUUUAAACCUUCUCACAGGCUCUUUUAUCAAGAUUAGUCAGGAUUCAAGCUUGUGAAAAGCUCAAAUGUGCUGUAUAGCGUAUACUAUCAUCUGGACGCGCUAGACCGCUUAGAGUAAUUUCGCCUUUAGCUGCCAAGUGCCGGAGAGUAUGGAGCGACGCCGGAGUUUGUCUUCUGUCUGCAAGCACGUUCUUUCUCAAUUCGCGCCGCUUCAAGCUGAAAAGCUUUUUUCCGUCCGCCAUCACGAGUUUUCCUCUCCCUCGCUUCCUUCGUCAAUGCGCACCUAAGACUCUAACCCCGCGAUCGAACGAAGACCAAACCUCCUGUUGUAACGUGAACCGCUCGCAAUGGUGGGCAAGAAGUCGGGCAAGGCUCUCCUUCGGGAUGAGGGUCUUGAAAGGACCGAUAACAAUAUGGAUCUAUCGAGCUGGCCUCAGAUUCCUGCAAUCAACCAAAAAAACUACUACACUGACUACCUUAAACGCGACGACCAGUAUCUGGCAUUCAGGCUCCAGAAUGAGGAGGCUCGAAAUCGAAUGACGAAGAACGCGAAAGACCGCGAUCGCGCUCUUGCGAUGGCAAAGGCCAAUGACCUAGGAAUACCCGAAGCGGAUACGGAAAUGGACGGGGAUGCGACUAUGGAGGAUGCUGAAGAGGAAGAGGCAAUAGGCUCAAAGGUCGUUGUCAUCCAUGUCGGCAGUCAGAACCUGCGUAUUGGUCUGUCUAGCGAUGCCCUACCGAAAACCAUCCCAAUGGUGAUCGCGCGCAAGUCAGCUACCAGCGAAGCUGAAGAUCACGAAGAACCCUCCCCGAAGCGGCUGAAGCUGGAUGAUGGCACGGAAAUGGAGCCAGAGAAGAAGUUUGGUCCCGAGUUCUCAUCGCGAUAUACUACAAUGAUGGCCGAGCUCAAAACACAUAUGCGCCAGAACAAGCGCCGGACACUACCCAACUCAAAGGAAAUGGUUAUCAACUAUAAUCGACGAACUGUGCCGGAGACCAUUCCCGAACAUAACGAUCCGAUGCGAGUUGAGUGGACGGAGAUACCAGAGCCUGCGCCUGAGUAUAUUGUUGGACAGCCAGCGCUGAGGAUACCCGACGACUCAAACCCUCGUUAUAAACUAUACUGGCCGAUGAAGUAUGGAUGGUGCAACGAGCAGGACUACGACAAUAAGAGGCUCCUGUUCCUGGACAUCUCUAUCAUCCUCGAAGACGCGAUCAAAACCCAACUUGGGCUUACCAGCAAAAAGGAAUGGACCCAAUAUUCCUGCGUAUUUGUGAUCCCUGACCUCUUUGAUAAGUCGUACGUCACGCAAAUCCUGGAAAUGCUCAUGCGAGAAUUCUCGUUUGCCCGGGUUUGCUUUAUCCAAGAGAGUCUCGCUGCUACAUUUGGCGCCGGAUUUACUUCGGCUUGCGUCGUGGACAUUGGCGCGCAAAAGACUUCGAUCUGCUGUGUGGAGGAAGGUAUGUGCAUUGAAAACUCCCGGGUGAACUUGAAAUACGGCGGCUCGGAUGUGACCGAGCUGUUCAUCAAAAUGAUGCUGUACGAUCACUUCCCCUAUGAGGAGAUCAACCUGUGGCGCCGGUAUGACUUCCUCUUGGCCGAAGAGUUGAAGAAGAAUAUUUGUACCAUGAACGAAGCCAGUGUCUCAGUACAGGUCUUUGACUUUCACCUUCGGGUUUCUGGUCAAGACACUCGCAAAUACACCUUCAAAGCAUACGAUGAGGUUCAUCUCGCACCGAUGGGUGUUUUCCAGCCUGCGCUGUUUGAUAACCAAAAGAAGCUCGAUCGACGAAGAAAGUUGAUUGCGCGCUCAGUGGAUAUAUAUGAUAACCAGCCAAAUGACCCGACCUCUGCUGCCCAGUCGGAGAUUCUAACCUCCCUUGCUCCGCCAACUUCUAAUGGUCAAGCCAACGGCGACUCUCAGACACAUUCCCUGGAUGUUCAAGCCACCCCUAGUCGCUCACAGCAAUUGAAUGCCUUGAGCCGCGUGCAAGAACUUGAUGCCACCCCACGAUCGUCUGUUGCUGGCUCACCUGGGCCAGAAGGAACUCCGCAGGCAGGAGGGGCAACCCCCGCGCCUGGCCAAACUGUAUCCAAUCCGCGUGCACCUACGAUUGAGGAGCGUGAUGAUAUCCUGCCGGCCGUCCCGCUCGACAGCGCCAUCCUUACCUCUAUCAGGCAUGCUGCUCGGUCGGACGAACGCAAAAUGCGUGAUUUCCUCGGCGGAAUCAUGGUGGUCGGCGGAGGUAGCUUGGUGAGCGGGUUCCAUCUCUUCCUAGAGGAGCGACUUCAACUUCUGCAACCGGGCUUUGCCAAGGAGAUCAUGAUCGGGACACCACCACGAGACCUCGACCCCCAGGUCGUUGUGUGGAAGGGCGCCAGCGUCUUCGGAAAGCUCAGUGGAACGAACGAUAGCUGGAUUAGUCAGCUAGAGUAUGACCGCCUGGGCCAUCGGUUGUUGGCGUACAAGUGCAUGUGGGCCUAUUGAUCAAAAUCGGCCUUGUUCUCGCUAUUCAAGGUUGUUUGACACGGUCGGACCUGGUGCCAGAGAGUGCCGUUUCAUGAAGUUAUAUAGGUUAAUCAUGUCUUGGAUAUUUAAAAACUACCCUUAGAAUCCAGCAGCAACGUCCUCAUUCUCUUAUGAUAAUAUGGUCAUGUUAUUUAAUGCAAAUUAUCAAUUUACUUGCUGCUUUGCACUCAUACUUCUGCUG